GGGCUGCACUGUGCUUCACACCGUGGCUCUGCGCUGCCAGUGGAAAGAGGAUUGGCCAGAGGGGUGACCUCUAAUCCUGCGGCUUACUGUCCACUGAGCGUCUGCAGGCCAGGGAUCCACUCCAGCUCCUCUACAGUUGGCCUGAUUGAGGAAGCAGCGAUCAGCGGAAGAUGGCAAGCUCCUUCAGCCGAAUCAUGUCGGGCCGCAGCAGGGCGGUGCUGCUGGCCAGCCUGGGGGCCGGGACCCUGGCCGCCGGCUACGCCAUGACCGACAGCGCAGCUGCUGAUGAGAAGAGGAAGAUCUACCCCCCCAGCUCUGACUUCCCUGAUCUGCGCAAGCACAACAACUGCAUGGCGUCUGCUUUGACCCCAGCAAUUUAUGCCAAACUGCGUGACAAGCUCACUCCCAACAACUGGAGCCUGGACCAGUGCAUUCAGACUGGGGUGGACAACCCUGGGCACCCCUUCAUCAAGACCGUGGGCAUGGUCGCUGGAGAUGAGGAGAGCUAUGAGGUGUUUGCUGACAUCUUCAACCCAGUCAUCGCAGACAGACACAACGGCUAUGACCCCCGGGUCAUGAAGCACCCCACUGACCUGGACAGCUCUAAGGUAACCUCAGGGAUGUUCGAUGAGAACUACGUGCUGUCGUCCCGCGUGCGCACGGGCCGCAGCAUCCGAGGCCUGAGCCUGCCGCCGGCCUGCAGCCGCGCGGAGCGCCGCGAGGUGGAGCGCGUGGCCGUGCAGGCCCUGUCCGGCCUCAAGGACGACCUCGCCGGCCGCUACUACAGCCUGGGGGAGAUGACCGAGGAGGAGCAGCAGCUGCUCAUCGACGACCAUUUCCUGUUUGACAAGCCCGUGUCCCCCUUGUUGACAUGCGCAGGGAUGGGCCGUGAUUGGCCGGAUGCCAGGGGAAUCUGGCACAACAAUGAGAAGACUUUCUUGAUAUGGAUCAAUGAGGAGGAUCACACUCGGGUCAUCUCCAUGGAGAAAGGGGGCAAUAUGAAAAGGGUGUUUGACAGGUUCUGCCGGGGCCUCAAAGAGGUGGAGAGACUGAUACAGGAGCGGGGCUGGGAGUUCAUGUGGAAUGAGAAUCUGGGCUACAUCCUGACCUGCCCCUCUAACCUGGGCACCGGCCUACGGGCAGGGGUUCAUGUGCGCCUGCCCAAACUCAGCAAGGACCCGCGUUUCUCCAAGAUCCUGGAUAACCUGCGCCUGCAGAAGAGAGGCACCGGGGGUGUGGACACGGCAGCCACAGGCGACACCUUCGACAUCUCAAACAACGACCGUCUGGGCAAAUCCGAGGUGGAGCUGGUCCAGCUGUUGAUCGAUGGAGUCAACCAUCUGAUUGAGUGUGAGAAGAAGCUGGAGAAAGGCCAGGAUAUCAAGAUCCCUGACCCCAUCCCCCAGUUUAAGAAGUGAGCCCGUUCAGGGCACAACUGAGGGUCUUACAUGUGCAAAACUCAAUAAACAGUA